GCCGAGGCUUGUUCUUGGUUCCGCCCGCGGGUCCCCAUGGCCAGUGUCCGCCUGAACCACGGCCUGCUCGUCCCAACCCUUCUCCUUUUCCGUCAAGUACUGUGGUAGCGUUUUUUCUUCCAUACCCAGAAGUCCAUCAUCAACUAGUUCUUACAGUCGCCGGUGGUGGUACAAUCCCCUCCGCCGUCGACCGCCGUCAAGAGAGAUUUCUCCAGAUAUCCGCCGCCACUGGGUAGAAGAUCAUCAACCGCUAGCUUCCGGAGAGAGAUUUAUGGUGGCAUCAUAUAACAUAUUGGGAGACAGAAAUUCCACAAAACACAAAGAUUUAUACCCAAGUGUUCCUUCAAAUUACAUGAAAUGGGACUACCGGAAAAGGGUAAUUUGUGAAGAAUUAAUUGGACUGGACCCAGAUAUAAUCUGUUUGCAAGAGGUGGAUAGGUUCUUUGAUUUAAGGAACACCUUGCAAAAAGCAGGAUAUGCUGGCUCCUACAAGCGACGUACUGGAGAUAAUGUUGAUGGGUGUGCCAUGUUAUGGAAAGCUGAUAAGUUUCGAUUAUUAGAGAGAGAAAGCAUUGAAUAUAAGGAGUUUGGUCUUCGUGAUAAUGUUGCUCAGCUUUCUGUUUUUGAGAUGUGCAAAGCGGAAUCAAAAAGACUAGUUGUUGGUAACAUUCAUGUGCUUUAUAACCCGAGCCGAGGAGAUGUGAAAUUAGGCCAAAUUCGUUUCCUCACUUCAAGGGCACAGAUUCUCUCAGAUAAAUGGGGCAAUUUACCUGUUGUUCUUAUGGGUGAUUUCAAUAGCACUCCUCAGAGUGCUAUAUACAAGUUCUUAACGUCAUCAGAGCUUAAUAUCAAGUUAUAUGACAGACGAGAGCUAUCUGGUCAGAGAAGUUGCCAUCCUGCUCAAGUUUUCGGUGAAAAAAGAGAAUGGAGCAGUCCCUUUAUUGUAAUGGACAGGUAGUUUUCCAUUUCCAUGCUGAUGCCUCAUUUUCUAGGAAUAACUAUAGGUACAUGAACACAAUCUUUUGCCAUGAACUCCUGACUUGCUACAUCUGUCCAUCAAUCAGGGUGUGAAACUAUUUUAUUGUGAAUGCCAACCAAAUCAUCUUUUCAAUGAGGUUUUCACUGGUUGCAAAUUUGAAAUGCUUGUAUUGGAGAAUGGAGUUUCAGUGUGUAAAAACUCAUUUAGUUCUCUCUCAUCUUCUCAUCUUCUCUGUCCACCAUUACUAGUUUGCUGUUUUUCUUGUUUUCUGCUAGGUUUUCUUUGGUUUCAUGUCUACAUGAAGACAUAGGAAGUUACUAACAUUUCUAAUAAUUGAGGAAUUUGUAUAAGGUUGACAUUUUACCUUUAUUCUUUCCAUCAACAUUGACUUUUUGAAUCUGCAUUCUCGAUUAUUAGAGUUUUGUGCCCUAAAGUUACUUUUGGUUUUAUAUUUUUCUUUAAUUUAGUAGUAAUAUCUUGUAAACCACUGAAACAUCUAAUUCUUUAUUAUCAUGGGUGUGGUAACUUUUCAGAAAUUCCCUUUUCAAACUGUUCGUGCUUUACUCAAAAGUUGAAAUGAAGGGCAAUGUGAGACAAUGAAAAGAUAAAUAACUUUUGAAUAAGAAACUAAUUUUGCGACA